CAGUGGCAGCAGCGUGCAGCGUGCAGCUUCAUUACGUCCCUUUAUUUAUGUACUCAUUACAACGCUCGGUGUCGGGAUUGUCGCUUUGUACCGUUAUUCUUAAUUGGUGUAUGAGCAGACUGCCGAGGGCGCAGAUCUGCUGCAGGUAGACGGGAGGCCGGGUCCUGCCUUUUUACUUGACGGUCCAUGCGACCGCACUACAACUAAAGAAGAUGUGGGGGCGAACACUUGGAUUUGCAGCUUGAACUAUGGUCACAAAAACACUGCAGACAAAACAACACAGAUGGAACCCUAACAAACGCAAUACAGCCGAGAGAUGACAUCAUUGAUUCUGGAGGUGUCUGCCAGUCUGAUUGGCUGGAUCGCUCUCUAUGCUGUACUCUGCCACCUAAAUGGUCAACGCGGCUAUGAGUGGAACUGUCGCCUGGUUACGCUGUUCCAUGGUGUCCUGGUUGUGUGUGUGACAGCGUACAUAGGCUAUGUGGAUGGCCCGUGGCCUUUCACAUACCCAGGUACGGAGAACACGCCCCUACAGGUCACUGCACUGGUCCUCAGCUUGGGGUACUUCAUCUUUGACAUGUGUUGGUGUGUGUACAUGGGCACGGAGGGGCUAGUGAUGCUGGCGCACCACACGCUGAGCAUGAUGGGAAUGGUGCUGAUUCUGUGGCUGGGCGAGUCGGGCAUCGAGUCGUGCGCUGUGCUGUUUGGCAGCGAGAUCACCAACCCCCUGCUGCAGGUGCGCUGGUUCCUGCGGCAGAGUGGACACUACGAGGGGCUGCUGGGCGAUGCCGUGGACCUGCUGUUCGUGGGGCUGUUCGUGGGCAUGCGCAUCGUCGUGGGCGGAUACAUGCUGUACUGCGAGCUGGCCUCCUCCCGGCCUCUCCCUGUGGUGAAGGCCGGUGGCGUGGCCAUGUACGCCCUGUCCUGGGUCUUCAUGGUGGACAUCGCUCGCUUCGCCUACCGCAAGGCCAGCGCCAAGUACCGCUGCUGGCAGGCACGCCAUAAACUGUCCAAUGGACACGAUGGAACGGCAGACUAAAAAAUGCCGUAUUUCUGAUUGAAGGAAGCAUCUUACAAGUUCGACAAAGGUUGGACUGAACUGUGCUUCUAAGUAUCUACAAGACAGUACUACAAGAGAUCUGUGACAAUCAUUUUGUUGUGAAACCUUCACCUGUGAUAUUAAUGUAAUAUUUCAGAACAUUAAAAUGAGAAAAAACUUUUUGACAGUGUGUAGCUGUUCUAGUUUACAGUAAGCAUUAGGGCAUGGGUCAAAAUAAUGCCUUUGUAUCCCCAUGUACCCCCACAAAUUGUGUUGAGUCUGUAACAUAUUCAAUCAUACGAUACAUUUGACAAACUUUGUAAAUACCUGUCACCUGGCAAUGGUACCAUCCACAUUACUCUUUCACCUGUGCACUAUUUUCCAUUUUUUGGUAGGGUCCUUUAGAGAAAGUAAAUACUUCCAUCCCUUCUGAGUUUAGGGUCGUUCAUCAGAGAUUAAUCCCGAAAUUUCUGAUGAUUGUGAAAAAGUCUGCCUUACUGCAAUCAGCUUUCUUGAUUAUAAUUUUCUCAGAUCGUAUUUGCUGCUCGUAUUAUCUGCUGUUUUGCAGAUCUUUUUAUUACAAUUUUUACUAUUGGUUUUUACUAUUGGUGAAGCAAUGUUUUAAAAUGAUUAGUGUAAUAUUAAUAUACUGUUAAAAAACGUUUUCAAAACAUUUCUCAAAGGACAUUUCUCAAACCUCAGUUUCUUACUUAUAAUGAUUAUUUCUGCAAUACAAUUGUCAGCAACCUUGAAAAUGCUUAGAAAUGUACACCACCACUGUGAAAUGGAUAAGAGAAGAAAAAUGCUGACACCAGCCCGGGGCACGUUGUGAAAUGGAUGCUGGACCAGACUGUGACGUUAGUUGUGACUGUGGUUUAGAUUGUAGUUACACACCAAGGCCUGCUGUGGUACAAUAUAUGGUGAUAUUAGACUUUUAAUAGAAAUCGUCUUGUCUUCAUUUAGUGUGCUCAAAAUUUUGAGAGCAGGCUUUAAAUUAGCUAAAAAUAUGUACGACUUAUCAUGACUGAUUUCAACCAAUGGACCAAAUAGUUUUAGUAGGAUUAUGAUUUGGUGUUGGAGAGCAAGCAGCAUGGCUCCUUCAGUCUAGUACACUUUGGAGUGGAACAUUAUUGCAUAACAUUGCAGUAGAGUCCUCUAUGGACAUGCCAUUUCUCCUCGUGGUGCAAUGGUGGCUUGGGU